AUGACAAUUUUAAGUAGUCUUUUUAACAAUGCCUUCAGAACAGGAAGAAGAAAUUUUUCUUUGGUAACGAAAAAAGCACAUGAUUUCACCGCGCAAGGAAUAAAUAAAAACAACGAAAUUGUAAAUGUGCAAUUAUCCUCGUACAUAGGCAAAAAAUAUUGCUGCUUAUUAUUCUACCCGUUAAAUUACACCUUUGUAUGUCCAACAGAAAUAAUAGAAUUUAAUAAACAUGUAAAAUCUUUUGAAGAGAAAAAUGUGGAACUGCUAGGAAUAUCAGUAGAUUCUGUGUUCAGUCAUUUGGCAUGGAAAAAUAUGCCAAUUGAAAAAGGAGGAAUAGGAAAUGUUAAUUUUACACUAGUGUCUGAUAUAAAUAAAGAAAUUUCUAAAAUGUAUAAUGUGCUGUAUGAAAAUUCUUUUGCAUUAAGAGGAUUAUUUAUAAUUGACUUACAGGGUAAAGUCAGGCAUCAAACUGUAAAUGAUUUACCAAUUGGUAGAAAUGUAAAUGAAGUUUUGAGAACAAUCGAUUCUAUUAUUCAUGUAGAUAAAAGUGGUGAUGUUUGUCCAAUUAAUUGGAAGAAAGGAGACAAAUCUUUUAAGCCAACAAAUGAAUCACUCUUAGACUAUUUAAACACUGAAAUCAAGAAAUAA